AGUAUUGAUACAAGAAGUGCACUGCAGGAUAUUGUGAGCGAUGGCAUGCUCUCUAUUGGACUUGCAAUGGGCCAUGAACUCAAAUUGUUCGAUGCGGUUGCUGCUGUGUCAAGUGCAGAAAAACCGGCAACCUCUCAAGUGAUAGCCGAAAAAGCCGAUAUGAAAGAACGCUACAUUCGCGAAUGGUUGUGUUUAAUGGCUUCUGGCAAGAUUAUCGACGUUGAUGAGAAUGGCAAACGUUUCUGGAUCAGUGAAGAUCGUGUUGGUCACCUCUGUGGUGAAAAACCUGAUGCAUUAUUAAUCUAUCAACAAGCUGUGCUCAUGUCCGCUAAAGCGUAUCCUUCUCUUACUGAACUUUUCCGAAAAGACGGGCCGCUUGGGAUGGACAAUACAAUGUUUGAUGAGUUUGAUAAAAGGAUGGCUGCGUUUUCGGAAGCUUCGCAUAAGGACUGUCUUGUCAGUCAUUUUGUGCCUUCAGUUGGAAUGCAGAAGAAACUCGAAGAGGGCGGAAUUCAGGUCCUUGAUGUUGGAUGUGGAAGAGGCAUGCAUAUUGCGGAAUUAGCGAUGCAUUAUCCGAAGUCAUUUUUCACUGGGAUCGAUUUUUCUCUUGAUGCCGUUGUUGGAGCGAACAAAAGAAGAGACGAAGCUAAUAUGGGUCUUGAAAAUGUCUCCUACAUGCAAAUGAAUGCUCAAGAUAUGAAGGAUGAGUGGACAGAAAAGUUCGAUUGGGUGACGAUAUUUGAUGCCUGCCAUGAUCAGACGAGACCCGAUCUUUGCCUGAAGGAGAUAAAUCGAGUGCUGAAGCCGGAUGGCUUGUUUUCGAUGAUCGAGAUCGAUGGUUCCGGAAAUGUUCAUAAGGAUAAAGAGAACGAUGUUUCAACUUUCAUGUAUGGCAUAUCGCUUGCGCAUUGUCUACCUGUGGCAAUGAAUUCCGAAGGUAUAUUUAUGUCAGUGCUGCACAGGAAGAGGACGGGGGAAGGCCUUUCUAUUUCAAGAAUGAAAACACUUUGCUUGGGGAGAAAGGGGUAG